AUGACGCGACCGCGAAGGAAUGUGCAAGCGAGUCGAGGACUGGAAGAGAGUGUCCGCGAUCGUGUUGAUGAUCGUUCGCUGAACGGGCGUAGUGUUAACGUUACAUUUGCAGAUGUACAGGAUUCAUUACGUCCAUUCACCGGAGACGAUAGUGGUAGUAUUGUGAAAUGGGUAGAGGAUUUCGAAGAGUUGGCAGAUUUGUGUUCUUGGUCAGAACUGCAUAAGUUUUUAUAUGGCAAGCGACUGCUUCAGGGCACAGCCCUUGAUUUUGUACGAGGCGAAAGUGGUUUGCGAUCGUGGUCCGAGUUACGCGACAAGUUGCUAAAUGAAUUCCGUUGUCGGCUCAGUACGGCCGAUGUUCAUCGACAGUUAUCGUCUCGUUGGAAACGUGCCGAUGAAACACUGCUACAGUACUUAUAUAAAAUGCGGGAAAUAGCAGCGCACGGCAAUAUUGAAGAUGAGUCGGUCAUCGACUAUGUGAUUUGUGGUGUCCCCGACACUUCGGCGGACAAAAACGUGUUAUAUGGCGCGACAACGCUGGGUGAGUUCAAGAAAAAAAUUGAAUUGUACGAGCGGAUUAGGAGCCGAUCUCAAGCGGGUAAUGUACCUCGGGUGACUGCUGAUGGUAAACCAAAGCCGACGAUCGCGUCGGGAGGAUUAUCGGUGGAAGGAGUAACUAGGUGUUUCAAUUGUGGAGAUCGUGGACACCAGUCUAGAGAGUGUCCUGACGUUGACAAGGGACCAAAAUGUUUCUCAUGUCGCACUUUUGGACAUAAAUCAUUCGAGUGUCCAGGUAAGAGUGACACCGUGCCGAACGUGUAUCAGGUUGACUAUGGCAGUAACAGCGAUCGUAUAGUGAAACCAGUAGUGAUUUCUGGCUGCGAAGCAAUGGCUCUGAUUGAUACAGGAUGCGAUAUUAAUAUUUGUCGGCACUCGAUUGGACUGAAAUUAGUCAAUGUCACCAGCAAGAUGUGUCAACUACAUCUAAGAGGACCAGCAGGCGCAAACUUUGUUACAGAACAGAUGUUGGACACGGAGUUGCACAUUGAUGGUCGAACAUACCCCAUCACCGUGUAUACCGUAAGUGACGACAGUAUAGGACAUGAUGUGAUUAUAGGUCGAACGUUGUUCCAGACCAGUGCCGAGCUAAGGGUGGGACCGAAAGCCGUGGAGGUUGUCGAUGCUCGUGAAGUACAACAGAUGAUGGCCAUUGAUGUUGAAGUGCCGGAACUAGACGUAGGCGAAAGGGAGUUCUUGCCAACGAUUAAAAAAAAUUGUACGUGA